AUGAGGGUGGAAAAUGCCUUCCAAGCUUUAGAUUCUGAACAAGCACAACAAGAAAUGGCAAGAAACAACGAGGAGGAUACUGGAAAUAUGAGCAAUACUGGAGGGGGGGAGAUCCCUCUCUCACAAAUGAAUAAGUUUUUAUGUUGGAAUGUCCUGGGAGCCAACAAUCAACAAAAACAGAGACUAAUCAAGCAAUUUAUUAGUCAUCAAAAGGUUGAUUUUGUUGGGCUCCUUGAGACAAGAGUCAAGGCUCUUAAAUUAGGAAUCUUGUACUCUAAUGUGUUUGAGGGAUGGUGCUUCUCUUCCAAUAUUGCUUGGCAUGCUAGAGGGAAGAUUGUAAUAGCAUGGAAUCCUGUAAGACUCAUUGUUGAUAUUAUUAGUUGCACAAGCCAACUUAUGCAUCUAAAAAUAACAACAAUGGAUGGAAUGUUUGAUAGCUUUGUUACUGUUAGAUAUGCCUCGAAUAACAGAUCAGAAAGGAGAAUUUUAUGGAAGGAUAUAUGUGAUUUGAAGACAAGUGAAAGAUUGUGUCUUAUGGGAGAUUUCAAUGAGAUUCUAGCAAAAGAGGAAAGACUAGGGCAUCGGGUUUCUAGCAGCCCUGAUUUGGAUUCUUUGCAAUGUGUGAACAGUUGCCAAUUGGAAGAUAUAAAGAGUAGUGAAAAUUUCUAUACAUGGUCAAACAAACAACAUGGAGAUGAUCGUAUCUUCUCCAAGAUUGAUAUAAUGCUGGCUAACCAAGGAUGGCUGAAUACGUAUGAGAAUGCUGAAGUACUUUUUCUUAAUGAGGGAUUGUUCGAUCACUCACUUGUUGUGCUCACUCAACAUCCGCUUCUGGUGACAAAAUUGAAGAGCUUGAAGGUUGUCCUGAAAUACAUCAACAUGGAGGGUUUUUCUAAUCUACAGAUGGCUGUCUAUAAUGCUAAACAAAAGGCAAAUAUGGCAUCGAUUCAAGAUGGAGAUAGUAAUACAACCUUAUUUCAUGCAAGUAUAAGACAAAGGGUAAGGCAAAAUAGAAUCUUUUCUAUUGAACAACAUAAUGGGGAGAGAGUACAUGAUCCCCAACUGGUGCAAGAUGCUUUCAUUGAGUACUAUAAGCAACUGCUUGGGACUAGAAUGGAGAAGAGGAGAGCUGUAAUUGAUGGGAUAUUGAGAAGAGGUCCUGUGGUAACUGAGGUACAAUCUGAGAUGUUGAUGAGGAAGUUUACUCAAGAUGAGGUGAAGAAGGCUGUGUUUGACAUGUCUGGGUCUAAAUCACAAGGCCCAGGUGGUUAUUCCAGUUAUUUUUACCAAGAUAACUGGGAUACCAUUGGUGACCUUGUGUCCCAAGCUGUGAUCUCCUUUCUUGAAUCUGGUAAGAUCCUCAAGGAGAUAAACUCAACUAUGAUUUCCCUUGUCCCCAAGGUAAAAUGUCCUAACACUGUCAAAUAUUUUAGACCAAUUGCCUGCUGUAAUGUUAUCUAUAAAAUUGCAACUAAGAUGUUAUGCUCCAGGCUAAAAUCUAUCCUUCCUUCUAUUAUAUCCUCUUCUCAAUGGGGAUUUAUUAAAGGGAGGUUCAUUGGCCACAAUAUAAUGAUUUUCCAAGACUUGGUAAGGCAUUAUGGUAAGAAAUCAAACAAACCAAGUUGCUUGAUUAAAUUAGAUCUUCAGAAGGCUUAUGACACAGUUGAAUGGGGGUUUAUAGAAGAAAUGCUAGAUGGAUUGCAAUUCCCUCCUAAAUUUGUGCAUUUGAUAAUGCAAUGUAUUUCAACUCCUAGAUGCUCACUCAUGUUUAAUGGGACUCUACAUGGCUUCUUUGAAACUAGGAGAGGACUAAGGCAAGGGGACCCGAUAUCGCCUCUACUCUUUGUAAUAGGCAUGGAAUACCUAUCUAGACUCAUGGGGAAGAUUGGAGAAAGGGAGGAUUUCUCUUUUCAUGAUAGGUGUGGAGAAUUAAAACUCAAUCAUUUGGCUUUUGCAGAUGAUGUGCUACUAUUUGGCAAAGGAGAGACAAAGAGUGUGAUGUACAUGUUACAAGCUUUAAAACUCUUCUCAACAACAUCUGCCCUAUAUCCGUAUGCUAAUAAAACUGCUCUUUAUUGCAGUAACAUGAAGGAUGAAGACAUUGAACAAGUGCUCAGGUCCUCUGGUUUCACAAGAGGGAAAUUGCCCUUCACUUACUUAAGGAUCCCAAUCAAUGCAAAGAAAAUUUCUGGGACAAAUUGUGAGAUUCUUGCUGAAAAAAAUGACAGCAAGAAUUUGAAGCUGGAGUACAAGAAAUCUCCAUCCAAGUGCAUUGGAGCCAAAUUUGCAUACUACCAAGGAAAGUAUACUGAAGGAUUGAAGCAAUCUGCAGAUCCUUUUUGUGGAAAGGCCAAGGAAACUAUGAUGGAGCUAGCUCAAUUAUCUGGAGCAGGACAAGAAAGUCUAUGGAUGAAAUGGGUGCAUAGUGUGUACCUUAGGAAAGAUGAAUGGUGGAGCCAUAAUGCUUCUGUCCAUGCCAGUUGGCACUGGAAAAAACUUGUGGCCUUGAAAGAUCAGUUGAAGAACCUCAUCGAUAUACAACAGUUCACUAGGCAGAGAUACUCCAUAGCAGCAGGUUACAAGCUGUUUACCCCUGUUGAUAUCAAAACAAAAUGGAGUAAUAAGGUAUGGGCUCGACUAAACGCCCUAAAACAUUGCCAUAUUCUGUGGUUGGCUAUACACAACAGGUUGAAAACAAAGGACAGGCUUCUCAAAUUUGGCUUACAAAUGGAGGAAACCUGUUGCUUUUGCAAGGAAGAAAAAGAGACAGGUGACCACCAGUUCUUUUACUGUCAGUUCUCACAAGAAUGUUUGCAGAGAAUUAAAGCAUUACCCGGAUGGAUAGGAGUGAGUAAAAGCAUGCCUCAGCUCAUUCGAUGGAUUGGAAGAUCAAAAACCAACAAGCUUAAAAAGUUGGUGUUGGCUGCAGCUUUUGCUACACUUGUUUACAACAUAUGGAAAGCAACAAAUGCACACUAUGUUCAUGCCUAA